AUGUCGCAAGCUGACAGACAACAGGCCGACAAACGAGAGGACAAUGAAGCUUAUUCCGAGCGCGAGAGGGCCAGCGGGAACAAGCUCUGGGGCGUCUACAUCUCCGAGGCGCAGAGCUACGAUCAAGGUCUCAUUGAUGGCUGGCGCAGUGAGAUGGAUGGACUAUUAAUCUUCGCCGGUCUCUUCUCCGGCGUCGUCACGACAUUCAUCAUCGAAAGCUACAAGACGCUGAACCCCGACUCGGGCAGCCAGACCGUGGUGUUGCUCAGUCAGACCGUUGUGCUUCUCAACCAAAUCUCGCACCAGCUUGGGAACUCGAACAAUGGCACGGCGGUAAUGGACGCACUCCCUCCACCCGCUGUGUUCUCGCCCCCGGCCUCCUCCCUUAUCUGCAACGCACUCUGGUUCACGAGUCUUGCGCUCAGCUUGUCGAGCGCACUUGUCGCGACUCUGGUCGAGCAGUGGGCGCGGGAGUAUCAGCACCGGACUACCAUGUUCUCCUCCCCGUCCAUCCGGUCACGCGUGUACAUGUAUCUGUACUACGGUUUGCGCCGCUUCAACAUGCAUGCUGUCGUCGGUGUUCCCCCACUUUUGCUGCACGCGGCACUCCUUCUGUUCUUUGCGGGUCUGGUGGCAUUUCUCGUGCCCAUCAACAUCAUCAUCAUGGGGAUCUCCUCCGCUCUUUUGCUCCUGUUCGUCUCCGUCUAUGGAACAUUCACUGCGCUCCCCCUGUUUUUCUUCGACAGUCCGUAUCAGACGCCGCUGUCACGAAUCCUUUGGUCACUGAAGCAAAACUUGGGACAUCGACUGCAGGCUCAUGUUCGAAGGACAGCGGCCAAGGACCCCGAGUCUCACACCGAUCUUUCUGUCCCUGUAGACACUUGUAUGCAGGCCCAGAGCAUGGUGGAAGCUAUGACUUCAGUGGCACUGCAGUCUACUGUGGACCCAUUUGUCGAGGGGCUCACUCAGGCGCUAUGGGACUUCGAGAAAAACGAGGGCCGUGCCGCGUAUCGGGCACAUUUUGAAAGGUUGCUGCGGGAUCCGCAAGUUCGGCUCUGCCAGCGUCUCGGGGACUUCAUGGCUGGCUCCAACAGCGAUCUGCUUGAGCACCCAGUCCGCCUCCGUCGACAGCUCUCAGUACUCCGGGCACUCUGGGCUGUCUGCGCAUUCUCCAUUGCCUUUGGGUCGCCACUGGAGUGUCCCAUCGGAGAAACCGACGUGAACAGCGCGCUGCUUGGCCCAAAGUUUCUCGGUUCUGCCGAAGUGCAGAUGCUGGUCCCCGGCGUUGCGGCUCUGAUUCGUCUGAAUAUCAUCGAGUUCUGGGCCGCGCAGCCCAACGGAGAAGCGACGCAGCAGGCCCUUGCUCGCCUCGCCAUUAAGACGAUCCGCACGGGGGACGGCCGCAGCAUCACAACCGCCUUGUUCUUGACAAGUGGCCGCAGCACAUUCGAAGAGGAGAAGCGAUGGGCGUACGCGCAGUAUCUGAUCAAUCUUUCUGAGAGCCCUGCGAGUUUCCAGCGGGAACUGACCCAUUCGCUCUUCCAUCGGUCGCCAGUCCCCUUCCUAGCCGGGGACCACGACCCUGUCAUGGUAGAAGCCCUGGAAUUGUUGAUUGGAACAGAGUCCGAAGAGAAAACGGACAAUCAUGUCUUCGCUGCUCGCCAUAUGAUCUGCGCAAUUGCUCAGACGUCAACAUAUCCACCUCCUUCGGCGCAUGGAACCGAGUAUAUGCUGCCAACGGGUCUUGCACCGUUCCUUGUCCGACAUCCUUCCCUCGCUAUUUUUAUGCCCGGCUCUGUCUGGCAGCCCGAUCUGGAGGAAAAGUACACCCGAUACCUGUGCAACUGCAUGCUUUUCAACCUAGUACACCAACUCGAUUUACAAGCAUCAGUGGACUCCCUCAAGCUGAUCUAUUAUCAUUUGGACGACAUUCACUCAAAACACUUGGAGGACCUCGAUGCCCAUUUGCUGACGCUCCACACCCUGCGGAGUUCGAGCGCUCGCACAGCAUGCAUCCACGUACAUCAUGUGGUUGCCCUAGUCCAGAGCGUUGCGGUUUGCUGCAUCUCGUGGGAUUUAUCGGAAGCGACGAGAGGGCUGGGUGUCUUUGACGACGAGGACUGGUUUCGUGCGGUGAUACGCCUAGACGACAAGAAGUGGAUGGAGCGGAGAUUAACGCGGGAAGAUGAUACAGUUCCCAUCUUCAUUCGUAGCUGUGCGCUUUUUGGCGUCAUCUCCACUUUCUCGAGCAGUGCGCUCAGAAUCCAGACCAAAUGGAACUCGACUUCGACUUCGAAACGCUCACGUUGA